GAAGAAGAAAAUUCCAGUAGCGAUGAUGAAGCCAUCAGUGCCAUGAUUGAUGAACUGCCUGAUCCCAAUAAAGUUUGGGGCAAAAUAUCAGAAGAUACCAUGGAUGACAAAAGUAAUUCAGAUUUGGAGAGUGAAGAUGAAAGUAACAGCUCUUCAACUGAGAUUAUUGAAAGGAACAAGAGAAAACUCCAGCAGCCAAGCCUCUCUGUGUCCAAACGACAGAAAAGAUCGGAGGAGGGAACUUCGCAGCCACUAGACACGGGAUUAACAUUAACCGAUGACGAGGAGUUGGCUUUACAUCUUCUCUCAAGAACAUGAUUUGUUCUAUAAUGAUUUCUGUGUUCAUGUUAUCAAGAAGUUUAUGUAACUUUCAAAUAUUUAGCAUUGUACCUGUUAAAAAGGUAUUUUAAGUAAAGUUUUGUUUUUAAAUAUAUGAAUGGCUACAGUUCAAUGCUGUUAAGUCUCAUUUCAUUUAUAUUUUUGGAAUGAUUUUAAAUGACAUUUAAGUUGAACAGUACAAAUGAUAUAUAUAGAUACUGUUGGAAGAAGAGUUAAGUAUGACAGUAGAACAAUAUACCACACUAAAAUGUGUAUACAAUAAGGUGUAGUAAGGGCUUUCUUGAUGUUGACCAGACUUCUGCAAUGGUCUUGAGACUGUACGUCUCGAAAUGUAAAUUUAAGUCAUCAGUAAGGUUUUCCUUUGAUUUUUGAAAGAAUUGAUUUUUAAGUAUCUAACAUUUCUUUUUAGUGAUUUUUUAUCCGUUCCUAGUGUAUUGUGCUGUUACAGUAUCUGUCCAAUGUCUACGUCAUAGUACUAAGUGAACAGUUAAGGUCUUCUGCCUUGUGUGGCAUCACAGUAUUAGGUGAACAACUGGAUUUCCUUAAAUUCGAACUUUAAGGACAACAACCCACUGUAUUAUUUGUAUUUUUUGUAAUUGAUGAGUUUUACGGAAACCAAAGGUUCCACAAGAUGUUUCACCAUUGUUCUUUAAUUUUAGUUUUAUUAAUUUCAUACAAAGAAACAUAUUAAUUCUGUAAUUGAUGAGUUUUACGGAAACCAAAGGUUCCACAAGAUGUUUCACCAUUGUUCUCUAAUUUUAGUUUUAUUAAUUUCAUACAAAGGAACAUAUUAAUUCUGUUUCGUAUUAUGUAACAAUUAAAAGAAUAAGAAAAGUA